UCGUCCCAACAUGUGUUUGUGUGUACAGUGUGUGCUGUACAGUGGUGGUCCUGUAGAGAGCGGUAGAUAGUUUGAAUAAAGUGGUCACACCGCCGGGCUCGCUGCUCUGUACUGUACAUAAGCGGAGGGAGGAGCGAGCCGUGUAGUAUUUCUUUUUUGGUUCCUUCCCCUCCUGUCGUUGCAGCCCGUCCAAACGCUCCUGGAAGACAGCAAAGGGCGAAACAAUCUACUCGUUUCCACGCAAAGGCCUUGUAGGACGGGAGCCGUGAGAGGAGAGGAGAUCAUUUGAAAGAGUGCGAGGCGCAGCAGCCGAGCGGAGGACCGGAGCUCGGAGCUCGGAGGGGGGGGGGACGUGGAGCCACUCAGCGCUGCCUACACAAGUGCAGACACCGGAGGAGACCCGCGGACUUUCUCCCGCUUCAUUUCCGCCCACUGCCCUAAUAUCCGAGCCCGAGCUGGUGCGCGGACCGCGUGGUGUUAACCGACGAGUUCCAUGAGACCUGUGUCGGGAUAACAGCUGGGAUCAGAUGUAAAGUGAAGACAACUGACCACCAAGGGCGGAGACAAGGAGGACCACACGACGCAGGAGGCCCGGGGAAAUCAUUAACCCCUCGCAAACACACCCAGUAUGACUGGUUGGAUCCCACUCCGCCUCCCGUACCUCUGAGACUGACACCCACUGACCUCAAGUCCUGGCCCCAGUGCCUGCCCGUUUACAUCAACAGGACCUCCUGCAUCUUCCAGUUUCACAUCGAGCCGACACACACCAACCUCUCAGGGGGUCGACUCCUUCUGGCGACCCCCCCUCGCCCACCCCAACCUUCCUCCCAAAACCUCAGGGACGGGACCCUGUCAUGUUUCAGUGACUGUCCCCUCCCGUCCGGCGAAUGACAAGUGUGCAUCCGAGGGUGGGGCUUGCCUCAGUCUCUCAUGAUUGGCUGCUGGAUGGAAUUAAGGUGAAUGGAACACGUUCCCAAGGAGCAGGACCCUAACCCAUCAGAGGGAGAAGAGAAACGGUGGCUCAAUGGCCCAAAAAGGAAGAGGAAGAACAGCCAAUGUUCGGUGAAGAGUAUGACUGGGUACAUCCCCAGCUACCUCGAAAAGGAUGAGCCAUGUGUGGUGUGUGGUGACAAGGCCACAGGUUACCACUACCGCUGCAUUACCUGCGAGGGCUGCAAGGGUUUCUUCCGUAGGACCAUUCAAAAGAACCUCCACCCCUCCUACUCCUGUAAGUACGAUGGCUGCUGCAUCAUCGACAAGAUCACCCGCAACCAGUGUCAGCUCUGCCGCUUCAAGAAGUGCAUCGCGGUGGGCAUGGCCAUGGACUUGGUGCUGGAUGACUCAAAGCGGGUGGCUAAGCGGCGCCUUAUUGAGGAGAACAGGGAGCGACGCAAGAAGGAGGAAAUGGUGAAAACUCUCCAGAACCGUCCGGAGCCCACCGGCGACGAGUGGGAGCUGAUCCACCUGGUGACGGAGGCCCACAGACACACCAACGCUCAGGGCUCCCAGUGGAAACAGAAACGCAAAUUCCUGCCAGACAAAAUCGGCCAGUCCCCGGUCGCGCCCACGUCAGACGGAGACAAGGUGGACCUGGAGGCCUUCAGCGAGUUCACCAAGAUCAUCACUCCUGCCAUCACCCGAGUCGUCGACUUUGCCAAAAAACUGCCCAUGUUCUCUGAGCUACCUUGUGAAGACCAGAUCAUCCUGUUGAAGGGCUGCUGCAUGGAGAUCAUGUCCCUGCGAGCCGCCAUGCGCUACGACCCCGAGAGCGAGACGCUGACGCUGAGCGGGGAGAUGGCGGUGAAGCGGGAGCAGCUGAAGAACGGCGGCCUGGGCGUCGUGUCAGACGCCAUCUUCGAUCUGGGCAAGAGUCUGGCACAGUUCAACCUGGACGACACCGAGGUGGCGCUGUUGCAGGCCGUGCUGCUCAUGAGCUCAGACCGAUCUGGCCUGACCUGCAUGGACAAGAUCGAGAAGUGCCAGGAGACCUACCUGCUGGCGUUUGAGCACUACAUCAACUACCGCAAGCACAACAUUCCCCACUUCUGGCCGAAGCUCCUGAUGAAGGUGACGGACCUGCGGAUGAUCGGGGCUUGCCACGCCAGCCGCUUCCUUCACAUGAAGGUGGAGUGUCCCAACGAACUCUUCCCUCCGCUCUUCUUGGAGGUCUUCGAGGACCAGGAGGUGUGAAACGCAGCCGCCAUCACGCGAAAAGGGAAGAGGAAGUUGGGACAAACUGGGAGAUGGGAAGGGCCAUCAUUUUUGUAGGGGAAGGAUUGAGGGAGAGUCCUCUCGGCAGGAAUCUGCAUUUCUCCGACAUCGCAUUUACAGUAUGUGAUUUAAAAAACUGGAACCAACAAUAACAACACACCAGCAUCAGGAGAGUCAAGCAAACAGAGGAUCUUUGUUUUUUGGACACCAUCUCCUCCACCUCUUUCUCCUCCUUUUACCUACCCCUGUUUUACAAUCCGUGUGGGGGCCCUUCUGUCUGAGCAUGAUGUCUUAUCUAGUAAGAGUUGUAGCCAUUUGCCAAGAUAUACACACACACACACACACGCACACACACACCGCCACAGCCUGUUCCACCUCAGUUCUUCAGAGCAGCACUCUUAUGCAGGGGUCUGUUCCCCCCCAAACCCCCCCAGGAACCGACUGACAAGUUUUGAAGCCCAUGUUUCCAGCAUUCAUGCUGGUCAACACCUCUCAGUAUUAUUUCAGAAUAACUGCUAAAGCAGUCGUUCAGAAAAUAUGGACAUCAGUGACAUAUUGCUCACAGUCAUGCAGGAACACACACACACACACACACACACACAAUCAGCAAACACUGCACGUUGAAAUUUCAGCAGUGCUCUAAUGGCUGCACUAAGGCAGAGCUACCAGUCCUAGUUCAUUAUCAAUUCCUCAACUCAAUCUGAGCCGUUACAGAUGUUUUUUGGAGCUUCUUCUUCUUCUUCUUCUUCUUCUUCUUAGAUCCCAGUGAAACCGGUGCUAUAUUUAUAUAAGGCUACUCCAGUUUUAUGAAAUUGUGUUGUCUACCUUUGAAAAACGUGCAGACCAUGGCUCCAUAUCUACCUUCAUUUGUGUCAUCGGACCGGCUCCUGUGACAUACAGUGCACGCACACACGCGCACGCAUGCACGCGCGCACACACACACACACACACACAAGCAGACUUGCCUUGUCAUCGAGCGUACUGCAUGCGCCAGCAGCCUACUGUCUGAAUGACAAUUAAGUCCCUCUCUCUCACUCCCUCAGAGGAGUUAGUGCAUUGAAGGAAGGAAAGAAAGAAAGAAAGAAAGAAAGAAGGGAGGAGUUGGAAGGAGAGGGAAGGAUAGAGAAAGGAAAGGUUUACAAAGUGGACUGCAGAUUCAGAGUCAGGGGUCAGAGGUCAACUUCCCGAAUGCAGCCUCUGAGCAGCUUUUGAAUAGCAGCAACCAGCAGAAAGACAAAAAAAGCUCAUCCUACACACACACACACACACACACACACGCAAACAUGAAAACGCACAUCACCUCAAAGUAACGUGAAUGCCUCAUUUUACUGUAUGCACUGCGCGGCAGUGUUGAUAUACAGCCCUAACCUGCAGGGUUUGUACCGAGUCCUCUCCUCACGGACUCAGCUCAGUGUGGCCCCUCCAGGCUUCCAUACACAUUUGCCUUUUUUUACCAUGGGCAUCACUGAGAGCAGGCAAAUGCCAAGAAGGCUACCAUUUACCUCAAAGUGGACACACCCCCAGGCUGGGGCAGCAACACUGCCCCUGUGGUGUCAGGCACUACCUCACUUCUGUGGACACAGGGCAGCUGCCCACAGCCUACACACAGACAUACACCAUUCGAGUUGGCGCAUGUGUAGAUUAACACACAAAUGUGCAUCAUUUUUUGCGUAUGUGCACACUUGUAGUCAUGGAACGACAAAACACUCACAGCAAACACACACACACCCUCAGUGCUAUCACUUGGUUGAAAUGAAAUACCACUGAAGACAGGAGGGCCAGCCAUCCCCCCGGAGGGUCUUACCGGCUCCAGGGAAUGGUACCCAUUACAUUCGGGUUAUCUCUUUUUGUUAUAUGGGACCAAGUGUCAUCUUUUGAAAUUUGGAUUUACGUGUUUCUGUCAAAGCAGAAAUCGACUCACAGCGAAAGCGACGAAGGACAGUGUGGACGUGCAGCCCGGCUGACACCCGUCGACGCUUGCAGCAGGAGGAUAGAUAACAGAGAGUAACUGAAAGCCCGUUGGCGGCCGCGGCCGAUGAAUUAGCAUGCACAGAAAGGGCGGUUUCCUUCUGCAUCAUGGCGAUCUUCGAAAGUGCGCUCACGAUGACUGCCAUCGGAUCUCCAUAACUAUGUCGACGGAAAUAAGCUUUCUUUCCUGCAUGGACGGUGCAUUAGACGUAAAAAGGUGGAAUGUUCUCAACCGAAGUGGAGCCUCUUCAGGGGCAUCUCAAAAGCUCUUUAGUGUCGUGCACUUUACCCAAUACUCACCACAGUCACAGUAAUAUCCCUCUGCAGAUAUCCGUGGCAGAUAUCGUAGUGUACUGGCCAAAUGACAAUUCAAGAGUUUUGAAUUGAUUGUGAAAGCCCGCUCUGUCCAUUCCAAUUCUUCGGGUCAAGCCAAAUCUAAAUGGGUUUACCGCUCUUACAAGAAGAGAAUGGAAGAAAAGAGAGACUAAGAAAAUCUAUUUUAUUUUGGAUGCCAAGCAGUAGUUCAUACUGGGCACUUGUACAGGAUGAGUAAUCUGCACCCCCCCAGAGGUAAGCAGAGUGACGUCUGGCAGGGAUCACGAGUUUUCGUCACAGACGGCCAGGUCUCCCUUCUUCAGCGUCUGGAGCAGUGCUGGGAGGAGGAAGGAGAGAGGAACUGGAAACGCCACCUUUGGGCACAACGGCGGAGUCUGGUCUGACUGUCUGAUCUGAAGAUCGCCCCCCCCCCUCCACAAGCAUCCAUCACCUGCCCUGCCCCACUCCAGCCCUUGACUGUGCCCUCUCUGGAGCCUAGCUCAGACUGAAUUGCACCUCAUCACCGGUAUGACAGCCCCACCACCCAGCCAGGCUGGUGUUGGAGUGGAGUUUUUGCACUACUGCAGCAGCCCUCCCUUCAGCCCCUUACUCAUCACAGUUGAACCCACACCCCCUUAGUGUCCCCACUGUCCUGCGUAUAGCAGGGUGGUGUUUUGGCUGCUCUGUGUAACAGAGGCUGGCAGUCGCAGCGGGCUCAGUCCCAAACCUGUCCUGUCGUCAGUAUUAGACCAACGGCAUUUGAACCCUCAUCCUUUAUCCGACCCACCCAGGGGUGGAGAGCGGUCCCUGCGUGGGAGGGUAGGCUGUGUAGCACUUAACUCAAUCUCCCUGUAGUACUUAUUUGUCCCAUCAUCUUUCCCGCAGAGAAUUUAAAAUUCAGGACCCCCCCACCCCAAAAAAACCAAACAGAUCAAACAGGAUCCCAGCCCCUCCCUUGUCAGACAAGGCUUGCCAUCAUUGUCCUUUUACAGUACCACCGGAUGAAUGUGACCGGCGAAGCAGCAGCAGCAGCGAUGGGAACGAGAGACUUGAGCGCAAGGAUGCGAGCGAAGAAGAAGAAAGCGCGGGACAGGAAAACAACAAGCCGAGGGCCGCCGCCCUCGCUGCCAUCAUCGACGCGGGCGACAGAGGGCGAAACUGUGGCCAGUUGUAGAGACGGUGUUAACAAACACUCAGAGGAAGGGCAGAUGUUACGAGUGUGUACGGUCUCCCCCUUCAGUUCCCACCUCAAACCCCGUAUGAGCCCCGGCUCCCAUGCCCCACCCCACCCCCCACGCUCCCACACCCCCUCAGCUCCCUCCGAAAGGAUGACCUCCAGCUUUUGUGAUGGUGAGGAUCAGAAAGAGAUCCAGAGAUGCAGGUUUGGAAUUUUAACCCAUCUUUGUAAAAGAACUGAAAAACAGAAAAGAAACGAACCUAUCGAUGUCCUUUUUGUCCUCGUGAGCUGAUUGGGUAAUGUGUGUGUGACAGAAGGGGUUAUGAUGCUGCUUUUCCUUCUGAGUCUGAUUUAGAUUAAGACAAAAAAAAGAUAUAUGAUUAUAAAUCCAUAAAACAAAAUGAAAAGAGAU